CGAUGCAAGAAAAUAAAAAGAUUGGAGUGUUAAAGAAAUAGAGAAACACGAUGAUCGACAAGAGGUUCUUAACACUUAGAGAUGUGAAUUUUAUUGAGGUUAAUUCUAGUUGUUCUCCAUUCGAGUGCUUGAGGCAGAUUUCAAAAGUUGCAGAGAAAAAAUUGGAGGAAGAAAACUUGAUUAAAAAGACAUCCAUGGCAGAGGAGGCCAAUCCUGGUCCUGGUCCUGGCGUAGAAGAGUACUUAAAAAUUAAAAUUCAAACGUUUAUCGCCAAGGAAGACAUGGAAGCGAAGAUGAAGAUAGAAAACUUCGAAAAAACGAUUGAAAAGCUUCUCAAGAAGCCUGUUAUUGAUGAGCCAGUUGAUAAUUCGCCCAAGGAAGAGAGGAUGAAGAGAGAAAAGCGGCUCAAGAGGCCUGUCACGGAAGAAAAACCCAAGAACAAGAAGAGAUAUGAGAGUGAAGAGAGCGAAGAUCAAGAAAAACCCAAUCCAAUCAAGAAGAAGAAGAUGAGUAGUAAUACGGGAAUUGACAAUGUUUCAUAUCCACCACCAGAACUUCCUUCAGAAUUUAAGGAAAAAAUCAACAACUUGAAUGGUUCUAAAUUGAAGUUGUUGAUACAGAAGAAGGUGACCGCGACCGAUGUAAGUCAUACUCACAAUCGUAUAUCAAUGCCUUUGAAUGGCAUCAAAGUAGAUUUCCUAAGUGAUGAAGAGAAGAAGCAUCUAGACUCGCAUACUGGAACGAAUGUGGCAGAGAUACCAGCGAAGCUAAUCCAACCUGGUUCGUGCAAAGAAUGCGAUGUAACGUUCAAGAAGUGGGAUAUGAAGAAAGAAAGAGGCAAAACUAGCUCAAUGUAUGUGUUUAGUAAAGAAUGGAACGAAAUUAAGAGGAGGAAUGGAAUAGAACAAGGUACGAUGGUGCAAGUUUGGUCGUUUCGUGGACCGGGUGAUGAACUAUGCUUUGCUCUUGUUAUAGUUGAAGAGGGUGGCGAUGGCAACAGAAGAAGCAGUGCAAGUCAGAGUGGAGAAAAAAAUACCCCAAGCACUUCCCAGUCUCACCAUCAAGAAGAUUAGUGUUUCUUAAAUUUUUUAAUUUUUAAUUUUUAAUUUUUUAAUUCUACUUUAGAAGUUGCAUAAAUUUAUCUUUCUGCAGAUUUUGGAUAUUUGUUUCAGUGUAACUAACAAAUUCUUAAGAUCACGAAAAUUGUUUCACAAAAUGCGUUAUGAAAUCAUGCCAAUCAACCAGCCAUCAAUCAGCUGAUAGAUCACGCACGGCUUCAAAACGAA